AUGCGCAAUCAACAACUUCAUACGGGUAAAUCAACGGGUAUUGAAGCACUUACCUCUUUCAUCAAGAAUCAUACGCAAGAGUUUGAGCUUGCUCAGAGAAGGUUUCAAGCCUCUUUUCCUCCUCAACAUGUCCAUUGGAAACUCCCUCGUGCUCUAUGGGUUAAAGCAAAUUUUGACGCUAGCUUUAAUCAAGCAUCAAGAAAUGGUUGGUCAGGGGUGAAUGUUCGAGAUGAAGAGGGUAAUAUUCUAGGAUCUUGCAAAAAGAAAGUGAUUAGGAUUACCUCAAGCUUUGCGGCCGAAGCUAUGACCGCUGUGCAUGCUAUCCAACUAGUCAUUGAUAUGGGGCUCACGCGCGUCUGUUUUGAAGAGGAUUCAGGGGCAGUGAUUCAGAGGCUAGCUUCUAACGAACAAGAUAUUUCAGAAAGAGAAAAUAACCUCAAAAUUGGGGUAUAUGUUAUGGACGGAAGAAGGCUUAGUUCUUUGUUGCAUGCAAGAGAUUUUCGGUUUGUACCUCGACCAACAAACAAAGCAACCCAUUUGUUGGCAUCGUUCCAUGUUCCCACGGUUGAAGUUCCUUUCUGGGUUGAAGAAGCUCCAGCUCCGGUAGCCCUUCAAGUUGCCGAGGAUCGUCGUUUGUUGGAUCCGCCGUAG